AAAAAAAAGGCAGCUUGAAGUUCGUAUCGCCCUCUGAGGAGCUCAGCUAAAUUCACUUUUUUUGUCAGGUUAAAAAGCAAGCAAGCAAAAAGAUGUAAAAAGGAACCCCCCCGAGGCCGGCUUAUUAAAGAAGAUGACCUUGAAGGCAAUUUCUUAGCUCAAACUCCAGGCUGAGUGCAAGAGAUUGCAGCUCAUCAGCUAACAAUUUCUGCCGCCUUCAUUAUCGACACUAGCGAGGAGCUGCGGCAGCCCGGACCUCGGGCACAUUCUUCCACGGGCUGGUAGGCAGCCGCGAGGCUUUCGCACCGUCCGGAGCGUCAGCUGGAGCCAGGAGGUAUUAAUAAGCUUCUCCCAGCGCUGGCCAUCACCGAAACGCCGCGACCAGGCAGCGAAAGGCUCAGCUCCUUAUAUGGCGAGGUAAUGACGUAAUGCUCCAUAGGCUUGGGGCUCGCCCGGCGCCCAUCUCCCAUUGUUCCUUCGCUGGGACUGCUGCCGUCUGUGGGACCGCUGCUGUUUGUGGGACCGCUGCCGUCCGUGGGACCUGCUGCGGCGCGCAGCCCCCCGCCAGCCCCGGAGCUGCAGAUUGAAAAAGCUUCUUGAACAAGAAACAGCGUAUCAGGAGAAAAAAGAGAAGGAAAACAACAAGAAAAUAGCCAAAUUGAAAGAAGAACUAACUAAACUGAAAUCCUUUGCUUUAAUGGUGGUAGAUGAACAACAAAGACUCACCGAGCAGCUGAAUCAACAAAGUCAAAAAAUUCAAGAGUUAACCACUUCUGCCGACCAAGCACAUGAGAAACUCGCUUUUGCUGAAGCAAAAGUUCAAGAAGAAGAACGGAGAGCCAGCAGGCUGGAGGCUGAGCUGCAAGCCCAAAGCAGUAAGGUUUCCCAAGAUCAAGAAGCAAUGAUGGCCAAAUUAACCAAUGAAGACAGCCAGAAUCGUCAGCUCCGGUUAAAACUGACUGCUCUCAGCCGACAAAUCGAUGAGCUAGAGGAGACCAAUAAAUCUUUAAGGAAAGCAGAAGAUGAACUGCAAGACCUAAGGGAUAAGAUAAAUAAGGGAGAGUAUGGGAACUCGACACUUAUGUCCGAAGUCGAAGAAUUACGGAAGCGACUGCUGGAGAUGGAAGGAAAAGAUGAAGAGCUCAUAAAAAUGGAAGAUCAGUGCAGAGAACUUAAUAAAAAAUUAGAAAAAGAAGCGUCACAGAGCAAGAACCUUAAAGGGGAAGUUGACAAACUCAACAAAAGAAUUAUGGAGCUGGAGAAGUUAGAGGAUGCUUUCAACAAAAGCAAACAGGAAUGCUACUCCCUGAAAUGCAACCUAGAAAGAGAAAAAAUGUUAACAAAGCAGUUGUCCCUUGAACUGGAUGGCUUAAAAGCUAGAGUUGGAGAGCUUGAAGCAAUUGAAAGCAAGUUAGAAAAAACCGAGUUCACGCUUAAAGAAGAUUUAACAAAGCUGAAGACUCUAACAGUGAUGCUUGUGGAUGAAAGAAAAACUAUGGGUGAAAAAAUAAAGCAAACAGAAGAGAAGCUGCAAGCUGCAACUUCUCAGCUUCAGGUGGAACAAAAUAAGGUGAUGUCCGUUACAGAAAAACUUAUUGAGGAAAGUAAAAAGGCACUGAAGUCAAAAUCUGAUGCAGAGGAAAAAGUAUCCAGUGUAACAAAAGAAAGAGAUGAAUUGAAAAACAAACUGAAAGCAGAAGAGGAGAAAGGAAGCGAUCUUGCUUCCAAAGUAAAUAUUCUAAGAAAGAGACUUCAGUCACUGGAAGCUGUCGAGAAAGAAUUUCUUAAAAAUAAGCUUAAGGAGAGUACUAAAUCGAGCACUUCCUUGCAGCAGGAGAACAACAAAAUCAAAGAGCUUUCUCAAGAAGUUGAGAGGCUUAAGCAAAAGCUGAAAGAAAUGAAGGCCAUAGAAGAUGAUCUUAUGAAAACUGAAGAUGAAUUUGAGUCUCUAGAAAGAAGAUAUGUCAAUGAACGUGACAGAGCCAAGCUCCUGUCCGAGGAGCUGGAGGCUGUCAAAAUGGAAGUGGCUAGGUAUAAAUUAACAGAGAAGGCCGAGUCCAAUCAAGAGCAGCGUCUUUUUAAGAAGCUCAGAGAAGAAGAAGCUAAAUCAAGUCACCUUUCCAGAGAAGUAGAUGCACUGAAAGAGAAAAUCCAUGAGUACAUGGCAACAGAAGACCUAAUCUGUCACCUCCGAGGUGAUCAUACAGUCUUACAGAAGAAACUCACCCAGCAGGAAAAUAAGAAUAGGGAGUUAGCAAGAGAAAUGGAAAGUCUCACAAAAGAAUUAGAGAAGUACAGACGCUUCAGUAAGACCCCCAGACCCAGUCUCAAUGGAAGAAGAAUCUCUGACUUGCAAGUUUUUUCUAAGGAAGUCCAGACAGAUCCAGCAGACAAUGAGCCACCCGACUACAAAACCCUCAUGCCUUUAGAGCGAGCAGUGAUAAAUGGACAGCUGUAUGAAGACAGUGAUAAUGAGGACAAUGACAACAAUGAGGAAGAACAAUCGGUGUCUUUCAAAAGCAACUCAUCCAUUGCGAAUGCCGUGAACAAGAAGUUAUGGAUCCCUUGGAUGAAGUCCAAAGACAACCAUCCUCAGAACGGAAAGAUCCAUAAAAAGCAAAAUGGAAACUGUGCACAGACGGGAGACCUAGUGCUAAGCCAUACCCCUGGCCAACCUCUUCACAUAAAGGUAACUCCAGACCACGGACAGAACACAGCAACACUCGAAAUAACAAGUCCUACCACUGAAAGUCCUCACUCCUACACAAGCACAGCCGUUAUACCCAACUGUGGCACUACCAAGCAAAGAAUAACCAUUAUUCAAAACGCCUCCUUAACACCUGUAAAAUCAAAAACAGCAGAAGGUUACAUGAGCCCAGAGCAAGCCAUUUCUCCCAUUACCAUGGCUGCUUUUGCAAGAUCUCAAACGCCUGAUUCAUGUGGUUCUUUAACUCCUGAAAGAACAAUGUCCCCUUUGGCUUUACCAGGCUCAAGUUCUCAGGAACAAAUGCUCUCCGAGCCUUUGGAAAUGGGAGCCAAGCACGCCGUUUUUAGAGUAUCCCCAGACAGGCAGUCGUCAUGGCAGUUUCAGAGAUCUAACAGUACGGGAUCAAGUGUAAUAACUACUGAGGAUAACAAAAUCCACAUCCACUUAGGAAGUCCUUACGUCCAAGCUCUCGCCAGCUCCAAGCCCGUCAGCCCUUGUACCCCAGUGCAAGAUAACAGAACUCCAGCACUAGCUAACGGGAUACCCAGUAAGCCCACCAAUAAAAUCACCAGCAGUAUUACUAUCACACCAACAGCCACUCCUCUCCCACGGCAAUCACAAAUUACAAUCACUGAUGCAUUCCGUCAAUCAAUUCCGACUCGAAUCCCCAAACCAAAGCCUACGAGCACAACUAAACUACCUGUCAAAAUUCCCACUGGACAUCUCAACAAACCACUCCAAGACAGCAGUUCUGGAAAGCUACAUAUUAUAAGGACUGUGUCUAAAACCUGCCUUCAAAGUGGAGGGAGAAGAGUGCAUUCCAACAGUCUAAAUGGCUCAUCUGAUAAUUUGUGGGAAAGUUCCUUUCACAUAGGUCUUUCUUUAAGAACUGCCAAAUCCUAAUUCCUAAAUAAAGCCA